AUGGCCACCAACCCAACUUUCGUUUUCAUUCCUGGCGCAUGGCACCAGCCAAGCUGCUACGAUAUUGCCCGAGAUGAUCUAGCUUCGCGAGGCUACGAGUCCGAAUACGUCUCAUUGCCCACAGUCGGUGCCCAGCCGCCCAACAAGGGGCUCGCCGACGACGUAGCGUCUGCCCGUGCUGUACUACAGAGGCUGGCGGACGAGGGCAAACAGAUUGUGCUGGGCGUGCACUCGUACGGAAGUCUCGUUGGCGCCAAUGCCGUGCAGGGCCUGGGGUACCGGCAGCGGGCCCAGGAGGGCAAGAAGGGUGGAGUCGUCAUGUUUGUGUACAUCAGCGCAUUUGUAAACUCCAAGGGCGUCAGCAUCUUGAACCAGCUGGGUGACGCGUGGUUGCCGUGGAUGGCGCCGUCAGAGUUGGUGGGCGACCUGGGCAAAGAGGCCGGCAAUGUCACCAUCCUCGAUCCCGAGACCAUCAUGUAUCACGAUGUUGAGCCCGAGCUGCAGAAGAAGGCCGUCUCGGACCUCAAGCACCAGUCCUCGCCCGUCUUCAGCGGCAUCGUAACCAACGAGCCGUGGCACGAGGUGGACUGCGCGUAUUUCUUCUGCGAGGAGGACAAGGCUCUCCCCAUCCAGGUGCAGGAGAUGAUGUCUGGCUUGCUCCCCGAGAGUACCCUCAAGUUCCGCUUCCAGACUUCGCACUCGCCUUUCCUGUCAAAGCCCAAAGAGUUUGCCGAUGCUCUGGUUAAAGUGGCCAAGGCUAGCCAGGAGUGA